AUGGGGUCCCAGUGCCAUCUGGCCAGCGGCCAGAGUGCCAAGGCUGUGACAGGGUCGCCGUUUACACCGCUCGGGCCGCGCACGACAGCACAGAUCGGAGGACUGGACACUCGAGUUCCCGCCCUGCUGACCCGGCCACCGCCCCAAAUCGCUCCGCGGAACCCCGCGCGCGCGACCCCACCGGCGCCCAAACAGCCGGCACGGAACAGCACUAGCCGCGGAGUCAGGACCUGUCACCCCUCCAGUGGCCGGUCCAGGCGUAGGUACAACCCGGCCGCUGAGCAGCCACUGCUCAGCCAUAAGGGGAAAGGCGGUGAGCCGAGCUGGGAGGAGCUGCGGCGGCGGCUGCGGUGGCGGCGGGGAGGCCGCGGCGGGGAGGGUGCUGCUGCCUUCCGCCGGCGGGGCCUGCGGGUCCCGCUCCUCCGGCUGCGCUCACGGGAGACGCCCCGAACAUCGCUUACACUGGUGACCUUCAAGGAUGUACUUGUGGACUUCACCAGAGAGGAGUGGAGGCUCCUGAGCACUGCCCAGCAGAUCAUGUACAAGCAUGUGAUGCUCGAGAACUAUAAGAACCUGCUUUCUCUGGGGCAUCACUUUCCCAAACCAGACGUGAUCCUCCGCUUGGAAAAAGGUGAAGAGCCAUGGCUGGUGGAGAUUUACCAAGAGGCCUUUUCAGAGUCUCCAGCCGAAAGGAAGACAUCAGAAUCCAGUAAAAGCGCUUUUGAAGAUGGACAGCCCUGCAACAUUAAAAUGGCACGGAGCGACCUUUGGUACUUGUCGUUAGAAGAAGUCUGGGAAUGUGAAGACGGGUUGGACAAGUACCAGGGAAACCAGGAGAAGCAUUUGAGGCAGGUGGCGUUCACACAAAGGAAGGUUCUUCCCACCGAGGGAGGCGAGGGGAACGGGCUUCUCCCCACGCAGCUGGCGCUGAGGGAAUAUUUUCAGAAACACGACUCCCAUAUUAACGGUUUAAAACACAACUUGGUUUUUCACGAUCAUCAGGAGAGCUGUGCAGGUGGUAACGAACGCGGUCAGACGUUCUGUGAAAACAUGCACCUUCCGUUUGCCAGGACCCAGACGGCAGGGAAGCCCUACAAAUGCCCUGGCUCCGAGGACCCUUCCCGGGACGUGCUGAAGGGCAUCCGCAGGGAGAAGCCCUAUGAGUGUCCAGAAUGUGGCAAGUUCUUCAGCUGGCGCUCGAACCUCACCAGGCACAAGCUGAUCCACACCGGGGAGAAGCCCUUUGCGUGCAAAGAGUGCGGGAAGUCGUUCAGCCGGAGCUCCCAUCUCCUGGGACACCAGAAGACCCACACGGGGGAGGAACCCUACGAGUGUAAGGAGUGCGGAAAAUGCUUCAGCUGGUUCUCUCACCUCCUCACGCAUCAGAGAACUCACACGGGGGACAAACUGUACACUUGUGCCCAGUGCGGCAAAGCCUUCGUUCACAGCUCCAGGCUGAUCCGGCACCAGCGGACCCACACGGGUGAGAAACCCUACGAGUGCCCCGAGUGCGGCAAGUCCUUCAGGCAGAGCACGCACCUCAUUCUGCACCAGCGCACGCACGUCAGGGUCCGGCCCUACGAGUGUACCGAGUGUGGCAAGUCUUACAGCCAGCGGUCUCACCUGGUCGUGCACCACCGGACUCACACUGGCCUGAAACCCUUCGAGUGCAAAGACUGCGGGAAGUGCUUCAGUCGCAGCUCACACCUCUUCUCUCAUCAGAGAACCCACACCGGGGAAAAGCCCUACGAAUGCCGCGACUGUGGGAAAUCCUUCAGCCAGAGCUCUGCCCUCAUUGUGCAUCAGAGAAUCCAUACUGGAGAGAAGCCCUACGAGUGUGGGCAGUGUGGCAAAGCCUUCAUCCGCAAGAACGACCUCAUUAAGCAUCAGAGGGUUCAUAGUGGAGAGAUGACGCUGAAAUGUAAUCGGUGUGGACUCCUCUUCAGCCAGACCUCUCCGCUCAUAGUGCAUCAGAUAGACCACACUGGAGAGAGAUUCUUAACCUGUCAUAGGUGUGGGACAGUGCUUGUUAAUACCUCCAACCCUGCGCGGUACUAG